AUGGCUGGUACGUUUGAGUAUUCGAACUUCAGUUUGGUUGUGCCAGAGGAGCCUGGAGUUCCAAAUGUGCUGGCACUGCUGCCGCCGUGUGCUCGUACAUGUAGCUUGGCUCAGCUCGAACUUUUCCGUUGUUUGGGCACGGAUUGGGAAUGUAUCUGUUACCAAAAUGCCAAAGACGAUCUCUUCAUGCACUUCAACUAUUGCUUCGAUGGGUCCUGCCCAAUUCAGGACGUCUAUGCCGGAAAUCGAGUCUUGUAUGGCUCGUGUGGCAUCGAGGUUCCUCCCAGCUCGGGACAGCUGUUGGUAGUGAGUGCUGUUCUUGGAUCUAUCGCUGUCCUCGCAUUAUUGUUGCGCUUCAUGAGUCGGAUGCGAGUGUUUGGGAUCCGAUGGGGCAUAGAUGACUGGAUCAGUCUCCUUGUCUUGGUGAGUGCGCCAGACAAGCUUAUUGCCAUUUGUCUAAUGCGAAUGAUCACUCAGCCCCUCGCUAUACUUUUCAUUAUUCUUCAAUUCGUCCUCGUCCACUACGGGCUCGGGAAAGAUAUCUGGACGCUUGACAACAAAACCAUUAUAGAAGUAGGAAAGUAUUUUCUUAUCGAUGAGCUUGCGUAUCUGACCCUCACGAUCGCUACGAAAAUCAGCAUUCUGUGCUUCUAUCUCCGCAUUUUCCAUUCCAGGAAUGUCCGAAUCGCGAUUUUUGGCUUGAUUGGGCUGUUAGUAGCUACUCUCAUUGGAUUCUUUUUCAGUUUUCUCUUCCAAUGUCGCCCUGUGCAGGACGCAUGGGAACUUUACGGAAGUACCGAUCCUAAAGUCGUCGCACACUGUGACGUUGACGCCUGGGCAGUCAUCAUGGCCUUUGGCUUUUGCAAUGUUGUCCUAGACCUUGUCAUUAUGGCGUUCCCGGUUCCAAUCCUGGUUAAACUUAAAAUGGGCAAGCGGAAGAAGGCAAGAGUGAUUGCCUUGUCAUCUGUAGGAGUAUGGUAA